UAUGUUUAUAGUUUUGGAAGAAAACGAUACUAAUAUAGAAUAACAAAAAAACUAUCAACCAGCUGCAAGUAGUUUUUUUAUUUCAAACGAAGUUAUGCAGAAAGUUCGGAAAUUGCAUCAACUUGAAAAACGAAGAGAACGAACACUGAAUGUGUCUCUUCCUCACGUAAUAAAAGAUAAAAAGGAUGUUGAAAAUUUAUUUGUGGGUGAUUUUCGAGUGAAAUUACCUCGACAGUCUAGCAGAUCAUGCCAUGUUGUAUUCCCCAAUGUAGAGGAAAAAAUUAAAAAUUAUAAGCUUGCAAAAGAUAAAACAAUCAAUGGCAAGCGAAUUAUUAUUCAACCACUGCAUGCUGUUGUGCUAGAUAAGAAAAUCAGAAAGGUAAAGAAGAAGAAGAAGCUUUACAUACCUGAAAUCAAGCCAGAUAUGAUAGUGACGCAAACGAUAUUUAUCUCAAAUAUAAUGAAUGGCACAAAAUCACACGAAUUAAAAGGUGCUCUUCCUGGAUGUGUUUCUAUUACUUUAUUAAAAUCUUAUAAUAAAACUGUAGGUGAGAUGUUGAUGCCAAAAAAGAAUCGUGUGGCUAUCUAUGAGUACCUCUUCAAGGAGGGAGUCAUGGUGGCAAAGAAGGACUACCAUGCACCAAAACAUCCUGAAUUAGAGAAUAUUCCCAAUCUUCAGGUUAUUAAGGCUAUGCAGUCUUUAAAAUCUAGAGGAUAUGUGAAAGAACAAUUUGCCUGGAGGCACUUUUAUUGGUAUCUCACAAAUGAUGGUAUUGAAUACUUGCGAGGAUAUUUACAUCUGCCGCCUGAAAUAGUACCUUCCACCCUGAAGAAACAGCCAAGAUCGGAGACUACAAGACCGAGGCCUGCAGCGACUAGGAGUGAAGGCUCCAGACCGACUGAAGAUCGUGCUGGAUACAGACGAGGUCCAGCUGGUCCUCCAGGUGCUGGUGACAAAAAAGCCGAUGUUGGCGCUGGUACCGGCGAUCUUGAAUUCCGCGGUGGUUUCGGUCGUGGAAAAGCUUUACAAUAAUUUUUUUUUAAUGUAAAAUAAAAAUAAACUCCCUAAAAAUA